AAUUGGAAAAUCAAAUCACUUCAGUUUUUCAAACUGCUAUCGACAACUACUUACAACUUCAAUAUCUACUAAUUACUUGAACUAGCCAUGGGAAACAAAAUGGCCCUUCCACAGAAGAAACAGGAGAAGCCCACUCACGCAGCAAUGAAGAUCGCAAUGAAAAGCGGUCGACGCGGCAUCGAGAACGCCAACAAGCUUCCGACAGUUGCACCAAAGCGACAGUGUCUUGUGCGCCUUCUCAAGAUGAACAGGAUUCAUGAUUACUUGCAGUUGGAGAAAGAGUUCAUCACUCGUCAAACAAGCCGUCAUGGUCGCCCUCUUGCUGUCCAAAAACGUCGUGAACAGCAAUUAGUUCAAAGUCUCCGAGGAACUCCAACCACAUUGGCUCGUGUCCACGAGCUUUUCGAUGAUGAGAAGCAUGCCGUUGUGGUCGUUGAAGGUUCGAGACGUGAAUGGUACGUACCAAUUCUCUCGAUCGUCGACAAGGACUUGCUUCGUCUGAAUGCCCUCGUCAUGGUGAAGGCUGGUGGAAUGUUCAAAACAGUUCCAAGUGCAAUCGUUGGAGUUUUGGAUGACAAGAUUGACAGCAAUGCGAUGGGACAUAAAGUUGAGAAGACACCAAAAGAGACAUUCGAUGACAUUGGAGGAUGUGAGAGUCAAAUUCAAGAGCUGAAAGAGUCUGUGGAACUUCCUCUUACUCAUCCAGAGUACUAUGAAGAAAUGGGAAUCACUGCUCCGAAAGGAGUUAUUCUUUACGGUGAACCUGGAACUGGAAAGACGCUUUUGGCGAAAGCAGUUGCAAACUCAACAUCUGCAACAUUCAUCCGUGCAACUGGAUCCGAUCUUGUUCAGAAACAAAGUGGGGAAGGUGCUCGUCUUGUUCGUCAAAUCUUCCAAAUGGCAAAGGAACAGGCUCCAUCGAUUGUAUUCAUUGAUGAAAUUGAUGCAGUUGGUACGAAAAGAUUUGAUACUUCUUCACGUGGAGAACAAGAAGUUCAACGAACUCUUCUUGAGCUCUUAAAUCAAUUGGACGGGUUUGAAAGCCGUGGAGAUGUCAAAAUUAUCAUGGCAACGAACAGAAUCGACUCGCUGGAUCCCGCUCUUAUCCGUCCUGGACGAAUUGAUAGAAAGAUUGAGUUACCAAAACCAGAUGAGAAGACUAGACAAAAGAUUUUCACGAUCCACACCUCUGGAAUGACGAUUCAGAAAGCUGUCACCUAUGAGAAUGUAUUGGGAAAGGAGAAGAGCAUUAGUGGAGCUGAAAUCAAGGCGGUUUGCACGGAAGCUGGUAUGCUGGCUCUUCGUGCUCAACGAAAAUGUGUCGGAACGGAUGACUUUGAGAAGGCUGUCAAAUCGGUUAUGCUGUCGAAGAAGGGCGGAGCACCAGAAGGAUUCUUCUCUUGACAAUCGGAAAUUCAAUAAAGUACAAACGAGUUUACCCUAAUGAACCUUUCUUCUCUUACAAUGCCAGUGCAGAUGUUUUUAUGAACAUCUGUAGUUAAUUUCUUUGGUCUUUCUAUGACCAUAGACUGUUUGUUUUCGUAGUUUCUU